AUGGAAAUUGCUAAAACAUAUUUGACAAAGUAUGGAUAUCUAAUAAAGAAUAAUAAUUCAGAAACAGAAUCUGUCAGAUUGGUUGAAUCGAUAUUGAAAUUUCAAGAGUAUUUCAAACUUUCUGAGACUGGUACCUUGACUGGUGAAACGAUCAAACUAAUGAAAAAGCCAAGAUGCGGCGUUUCCGAUUUCUUCCAAUCUUACGUAACUAGGAAUAAAUGGAUGAAAAAACAAAUUAAAUGGAAAUUCCUUAGAGGUAAUCAGGAUGAUGAGUAUAUAGCAUCUAAAGCAUUUGAAAUUUGGGAUGUGAAUUCCGGAUUGUCAUUUUUCAAAAAUGAUAAGAACCCUGAUAUUCUCAUCAAAUACAGUUCGAGUAAACAUAACAUGACUAAAAAUUGUGAUGGUAAUCGUAAAUGUCCAUUUUCAUUUGAUGGCCCUGGAACAGUAUUGGCACAUGCAUAUUUUCCUGAUAAUGAUCGAUGUGUUGAAAUUCAUAUUGAUAAUGAUGAAAAAUGGUUCAAGAAACUUGGGUCUCCAACUUCAGGAUUUACCUCUCUAUAUUUAGUUUUAAUUCAUGAAAUAGGUCAUGCACUAGGAUUAGCUCAUUCUACAGAUAAUAAAACUAUUAUGAGCCCUUAUUAUUCAGAAGAUGAAAUAAAAAAUAAUAUAUUACCUCAAGACGAUUUGAAUGCAAUACAAUCCUUAUAUGGAUUCGAAAAUAAUAAUCAAACAACCGAAUCUACAACAAUCAUAACAACACAAACCACAAUGAAAACAACUAGAAAUACACAGGAACCUGUCGGAAGUUAUAUAAAACCUAAUUUAUGUGAAGUAAAGAAUAAAAUAGAAAGGAUUGUCAUUAUCAAUAAUCACAUUUAUCUCCUAUAUCAAGGCUGGGUGUGGGUGAUUUCACUCGAAAAUAAGAUCAUACAUCCACCAUUGAGAGCUCUAGAGUAUAUACCCAUAGGUAAUAUAAAUUUCAAAAAAGAUUCUAUCCACAUAUAUCAGAGACCGAAUGAUGAAAUCGGGCUAUUGCAUCAUAAUAAGUUUUAUAGAAUUGAUUCAAGUAAUUUUGGUGUGCUAACAAGUUAUGAUUAUAAUCAGAUGAGUCUCUCCCGUAAUAUAAUAGUUCAUGGGGUUUUGAAUACCUAUAAAGGUAAAACAUAUAUCUUUUAUAAUAAUGUAUAUUGUGUUGAAAUUGACGAAUGCAAUUUAUCAAGGAAAUCUGUGAGAUAUAUUAGUGAAAUAUUCCCUGGAAUACCGUCAAAUUUUUCAUCAGUAUUCAGAUAUAUCGAUGGAAAAAUCUAUUUUAUUAAAGAUAAUAUGAUAUAUGAAUUCAAUGAAUUUUUCAACAAGGCUACAGGAUCAUAUAAAUUUGAAAUAGAAACACUACUGAAAUUACCUUGUCAUUCAGAGGGAUUACUGCAGCAAUUGAAAAAUCUUCUGAACAGGAUCAUAUCGAAUCAAAUAAUUAUCAGUGACACCAAGUAGGAAUUAAUCAAACAAAAAUUACUUGAAUAUGAUAAAUAAUCCAUUCUAGUACUAUUUUAUACUUAAAUGUAUAUAUUAAGAUUGUAAUAGUGAUAUGUAAUAUAUUGAAAUCAAUAGAGAUUAUUGUAAGGCUAUUGUGUUUUUAUAUUUACAACUGAACUCCCGAAA